AUGGAAUUUUCCUUCAUCGAAGGUUCCAGUGCUCCAAAUCAAGAAAUUGCGAAGAUUUUGUUCGAAAUGGCCAUGAAUAAGAAAUGGGGUGGUGUCGUUGAGAAACUUACGGAAAACCCAUUUCUUCUAAUGACCAGGGUCACCAAGACAAAUGACACAGUAUUACACCUAGCUGUCUCCGAAGGCCAAGAAAAGACGGUCCAAGAAAUGAUAAAGAUCAUUUCGCGGGAUCUACCAAAUUUCGAGUCUCUUCAACUUAGAAACAAUCGAGGGAAUACCGCUCUCCAUCUUGCUGUAGUGGUGGGGAAUGUGGCCAUGCGUAAGUCCAUAGCAAGUGUUCCUUCUUCAUUAAUCGGAGAACGUAACAAUGAGGGAGAGUCUCCUCUUUUCACGGCAGUGCUCUUCGGUAAAAAACAAGUCUUCCAAUGUCUUUACGAUUUGUGUUGGUCCAAUGGUGAGCGUCACGGUUGUUCCAAGAAUCCGCGUACUGGUGACACGAUUCUUCACUACGCCAUUUCUGAAGACCAUUUUGGUGAGUAA